AUGACGAUGUUGGAGAUACGCGGGUAUCUUGACGAUGUGCGCGUCGCGUACAUUGGCGACGGGAAUAACGUUGCGGCGAGUCUCUCGUACGCGGUCGCCGGACUGGGCGGGGACAUCUUGGUGGCAUCGCCGAACGGUUAUGAAUUGCCGUACGGCUUGCGCUCUGAUGUCGGAGACUACACGUCAGGGGUUGCGAAGAUGGGUAGUGUUAUACAGAUGCGUGACCCGAUUGAAGCUACUAGGCAUGCAGAUUUCGUCUACACCGACGUGUGGACGAGCAUGGGUCAAGAAGCUGAGACGGCGCAGCGUUUUGAAGGAUUUCCACGGUUACCAGUGGGAGAGGGGACAAUUAGAACCUUUCCCAGUGGGAGAGGGGACAAUGCAGCAACCGCAAUCAAGAUGUCGCUACCAGUAAUAGCCAUAGUCGGACGCCCCAAUGUGGGGAAAUCGACGUUGUUCAACCGCAUCGCGGGCAGUCGGAUCGCGAUCGUCAGCGACACGCCAGGGACGACUAGAGACCGGGUCUCGGUCGACGCAGAGUGGCUAGACCGUCGUUUCAUGCUGAUUGAUACGGCGGGCAUCGAGGAUGUGCCGUCGGCUGAGUUGCAGCUGUGGGACGAAGUCAGAACCCAGACGGAACGGGCGAUCUACACGGCUGAUGCGGUGAUCAUGCUUGUGGAUUCAGCAGCAGGGGUGACGGCUUCGGAUUAUGACGCCGCGGAUCUGUUGAGGCGAUCGGGGAAGCCGUAUGUGUUGGCGGCAAACAAAACUGACAACACAACGCGAUUGGCGGAGUUAUACACGUUUGCGUCGUUGGGCAUGGGAGAGGCGAUUCCGAUAAGCGCAUAUCACGAUAUCGGUGUGGCGGAGAUGAUGGAUGAGGUGUUCGAACACGUCGAUGAGGAUGUUGAGGAUGAGAUACCCGGGGAUGUCAUCCGUGUUGCAAUCGCCGGGCGCCCGAAUGUUGGAAAGUCGGCGAUCUUCAACGCGCUGACUCACGAACAGCGAUCGAUUGUAAGCGCGGUGCCGGGUACCACUAGGGAUACGGUGGAUGCCGUGUACGAGUACCAGAACAGACCGAUGAUGUUUCUAGACACCGCCGGGUUGCGCCGGCGCGGGAAGACCGAGCAGGGUAUUGAGAAAUACAGCGCCAUACGCACCAUCGGAGCGAUCGAGAGGUCGGAUGUUACGAUCCUCGUCUUGGACGCCGCCGAGUUCGUGACCGCCCAAGACACUCACAUUGGGGGAUAUGCUCGUGACGCUCACAAGGCAGGGGUGGUCGUUGUCAAUAAGUGGGACUUGUCAAGGGAGGUAGGAACGUCGUUUGACGAGGCGAUGGACGAGAUUAAGGAUAGGUUCAAGUUCAUCGUGGAUGCUCCCGGUGUUGUUGACCUCCGCGGUCACUGGCCGUGGUAUCAACCGGAUACCCGACGCCGUUAUUCGCACGUUUGCCCAAUUCACCAAACGCGUCGACGGUUCGGAGGUGUCAAGAACGCUGUACGCAGCACUGGGUGA